GAACUGAUGAUCCGUGAGUGGCCAUCGACAUGCAGCGCCUCUCUGCUGCCCUCUGCCCCUUCUGCGAGGCGCGGGCUCUCGCAAAGCCCUUUCAGCCCGCAUGGCAGCAGCAAGCGCGCAAUGCGGCGACCCUGCAGAAACGCAAGCCCUCGCGCAUGGUGCUGUCAGAAAGAGUGGCUAAGGGGCCUUCGAGACCGGCGGAGGAUGGUCAUGGCCGACCGACAAAGAUGCGGACGAAGAACAGUCCGUUUGGAGGUAUGAACGUGACGGAGGUGCCCAGAAUGCUGCAGGUGCAGAGGAACAAGAUUUCUGAGGCGGAGAGGAAGAGACAGGAGAAGAUGAAGCCAGGGAACGGUAAAAGAGAGCAGACUCCCAAAGACCCAAUGAGGGCAAUGAAGAUGCAACGCCGGUUGGCGAACAUCUCGUACGAGAAGCGCAAUAGGAUCAAGCAGGAGAUAGCUGAACGAGAGAGCUUCAAUGACUUUGAUCUCUUGCCCAUCAUCAAGGAAUCCAUCAGCACCCAAGCGCUCGCCGGACAGCUUGACAUUUCCCCCUCCCCAAUACAACGAUUAGCGAUUCCCGCACUUCUCGAUACCCCCGAUGGACGACGGCGAAAGAAGAGGCACGUGCAGGAUGAACCAUCGAAGGACAUGAAGCAAUUCCUGCUUGCCGCAGAGACAGGAUCUGGAAAGACGCUGGCGUAUGCAUUGCCCGUGAUUGAUGCGAUCAAACGGGCAGAGAAGGUCGAGGCGCAGGAGCAAGAGCGUCAAGAGAAGGAGAAGAUGGAAAAGAAGCAGGCAGAACGACGACUGUUUGAGUUGGAUGAACCUGAAGUGGAAGAUCUGUCUAAAGGGCGGCCACGCGCCAUCGUUCUAGUUCCUACGGCUGAGCUGGUCAACCAGGUCGGCGGCCUUCUGAAGAGCCUGUCGCAUACCAUCAAAUUCCGGACAGCCAUGGUCAGCGCUGCCUUCACAGGGACUGUUAUCCGCAGCCGUCUCUUUGGUCCAGGAGGCGUGGACGUUGUCGUUGCGACGCCUCACUUACUCAGCAGUAUCUGCGAGAGCGAUCCGAACAUCCUGUCACGAGUAUCACAUCUGGUCAUCGACGAAGCGGACAGCCUGCUUGAUCGUUCAUUCAGCCCAAUCACAUCUGGGAUUAUUGAUCGCGCCGCUCCCUCGCUCGAAAAGCUGGUCUUCUGCUCGGCCACGAUUCCGCGAAGUGUUGACUCGUACUUGAACAAGCGGUAUCCAGAGACUAAGCGACUUGUGACGCCAAACCUCCACGCCAUUCCUCGUCGCGUUCAGCUAAGCGUGGUCGACAUUGAGAAGGUGCCAUAUCAAGGAAAUCGUGACCUGGCCUGCGCGCAGACGAUUUGGGACAUCGGCAAAGAAGCUGCAGAGGCAGACGAGGACAGGGAAAAGAAAAUCGUUGUGUUCGUUAACGAGCGAGAAAAGACAACAGAGCUAGCAGGCUACCUCAAGUCCAAGGGCAUCGAUGCGACCGCAUUGUCCCGAGACAGCGACGAUAGAAAGCAAGCAGAAACAUUAGCUGCUUUCACUGGUGCUGCAGUACCGACGACCAGGCAUAGCGCAGAAAAGGCCACGCGCAAGGAACGUAACGACUCAAGUCAAGCCAUCAGCGCAGGCGAUCUCGCGGAGAGAGCCAGUUCGGUCCCACCUCCACGACAACUGAACAAUACCAAGGUUCUAGUCAUGACCGAUAUUGGCUCGCGUGGCAUUGACACUUUGCUUGUCAAGCACGUUAUACUCUACGAUGUACCGCACACCAGUAUUGACUUCAUACAUCGCCUCGGUCGUGUUGGCCGUAUGGGCAAGAGAGGUAGAGGAAUCGUGCUAACCGGCAAGCACGACCGGAAGGAUAUUGUGAAAGAGGUCAGAGAAGGCAUGUUCAAAGGACAAGCGCUGAUUUAGACAGCAGUCGCGCGAAGAUACCCUGUAAAACUACGGCAUUACAUAAAUGUACAGUAACGAGAUUCCCUCUCCCUAGCCAGUGUCGAGUACGUCCUGCUGGUGAGAACUAACUUUCUCUUUCUGUACAUUGCCAAGCUUGUCGAUCUUUAC